UUAGCCUUUCUCUUCAAUUAUAAAUUUCCAUCCAUUUCCAAAAGUGGUUAUUUCAAAUCAAACUUCAAAUGGAUCAAUUCAGCUAUCCCACAAUCCGAAAAAAGCAAAAGGCACACAAGAAACGUAUGAACGAGGAGCAAUUGCGCCUAUUGGAGUCCAAUUUCAACUUCAACAACAAACUAGACCCCGAGCACAAGUCGCGCCUCGCCCUUGAGCUCGGAGUCCCGCCCAGGCAGGUGGCCAUAUGGUACCAAAACAAGCGGGCGCGCGACAAAAUCCACGGCCUAGAGGCGGACCACAGGGCCAUGCGGGCGCAGCUCGAGAGGGUGCUGACCGACAACUCGAGGCUUAGGGACGAGGUGGAGAGGCUGAGAGAGGAGUUGAUUAGGGCCCGAGGCGCGGCCGCCUUGGGCUCUUUCAACUCCUCGCGCUCAGGAGACGAGGUUGGGAGCCUCGUCUCCGGGGAUAAUAUGGAGAGGGAUUUAUAUGCAUCUUUGGUUGGGGGUGGAGGCCCUUUUGAUGGAUAUGAUUUCUUUGGAUAGUUCUUGGUAUAACUCUUGCUUGUGUAAAUUUUGUUUUUAGUUGUUUUAUUAUAGGAGUUAAUAAUUAUUUAGGGUGAGUUUGAAUAUGUUUUUUUUAUGGCUUUUCUAUUGUAACAAUGUAUAAUUAGGGUAAUACAUAGACAAGUUAAUUUGCUGUGUUGAUCAAA